UUACAGGGACCCAUGGAGCCAGAAUCUGGUGCCAAUGAAACAACCAUUACAGAGUUCAUCCUGCUGGGCUUGGUGGAGACACCAGGGCUGAGACCAGUUGUCAUUGUACUCUUCCUCUUCGCCUAUCUGUUCACUGUCGGGGGCAACCUCAGCAUCCUGGCAGCCAUCUUGGUGGAGCCCAAACUCCACACCCCCAUGUACUUCUUCCUGGGGAACCUGUCAGUGCUCGACGUUGGGUGCAUCACCGUCACUGUUCCCUCAAUGUUGGGUCGUCUCUUGUCUCACAAGCAUAGGGUUCCCUAUGGAGCCUGCCUCACACAGCUUUUCUUCUUCCAUCAGUUGGCUGGUGUGGACUGCUUCCUGUUGACAGCCAUGGCUUAUGACCGAUUCCUGGCCAUCUGCCGGCCCCUCACCUACAGCACCCGCAUGAGCCAGACGGUCCAGAGGGCAUUGGUGGCUGUGUCCUGGACUUGUGCCUUCACCAAUGCACUGACCCACACUGUAGCCAUAUCCACGCUCAACUUCUGUGGUCCCAAUGUGAUCAAUCAUUUCUACUGUGACCUCCCACAGCUCUUCCAGCUCUCGUGCUCCAGCACCCAACUCAACGAGCUGCUGCUCUUUGGUCUGGGUAUCCUCAUGGCAGGUGCACCUGUGACUCUUAUUGUCACCUCCUAUAUCCAUGUGGCAGCUGCAGUCUUGCGAAUACGCUCUGCCGAGGGCAGGAAGAAAGCCUUCUCCACAUGUGGCUCCCACCUCACCGUGGUCGGCAUCUUCUACGGGACAGGUGUCUUCAACUAUAUGCGUCUGGGCUCAGUGGAGGCUUCGGACAAGGACAAGGGGAUUGGCAUCCUCAACACUGUCAUCAGCCCCAUGCUGAACCCACUCAUCUACAGCCUCCGGAACCCCGAUGUGCAGGGUGCCCUCUGGCGGGUGUUCACAGGGAAGCGAACCCUUGCAUGA